UAAAAUUUUGAGGGAAGUGGCAGGUUUUUGUUAAGGAAGAAAAAAAAAUCGUCGGUGCUCUCUUUAUAUCUUUCGUUUUUCAUCUCUCACCCUUCAAACCGCCACAACACAAGAAUCAAAGCCAGGAACCACCACAAUAUAUAUACACAUUCGCAUUAAUACAUUGAUUACAGUCUGCGUGAUUCAUAACUAUUAUUAUUAUUAUUAUUAUUAUUAUUAUUAUUAUUAUUAUUCCAAUUUCCAUUGAUUGAACCAUCAGCUACAUAUAUACACACUCGGAGAAUCAAUUGGUGGAAGCUUGCCUGACUCAUUCACUCAUUCUUCUUCUUCUUCUUCUUCUUCUUCUUCCAGUUUUCACCACCACCUAUGUCUGAAUCUGCUUUACUUGAUGCUGACAACAUCUACCUCGAUGGAAAGGAACAUUAUAUUCGAACUGGCUGUGGUUCUGUGUCUGUCAUGGUAUACGGUGAUCAUGACAAACCAGCCCUGAUCACUUAUCCGGAUUUAGCGCUAAAUUAUAAAUCAUGUUUCCAAGGAUUAUUUUUCUGUCCAGAAGCGGCUUCUUUGCUGCUACACAACUUUUGCAUCUAUCAUAUUAGUCCUCCCGGGCAUGAGUUGGGAGCUGCUGAAAUUAGUUCUGAAGAUCCUAUUCCUUCCGUCGAAGACUUGGCAGAUCAAAUAAUUGAGAUCCUCAACUAUUUCGGGCUUGGUGCAGUGAUGUGUAUGGGAGUAAUGGCUGGUGCUUAUAUCCUUUCCCUAUUUGCAACGAAAUAUAGGGAGCGGGUUCUUGGUUUGAUACUUGUAUCUCCUUUAUGCAAAGCUCCUUCUUGGACUGAAUGGUUUUAUAACAAGGUGAUGUCAAAUUUGUUAUAUUUCUAUGCCGAGGUUCCGGAAUCCGAGAUAGUUCAAGCUUGCAAAAGAUUACUGGAUGAUAGAAAAUGCAAAAAUGUCUUAAGGUUCCUUCAUGCAAUUAAUCAGAGGCCUGACAUAACAGAUGGAUUGAAGAGAUUAAAAUGCCGUACACUUAUUUUCGUGGGGGACAGUUCUCCUUUCCAUUCAGAGGCUCUAUAUAUGACUUCAGAACUCGAUAGAAGAUAUAGCGCCUUGGUUGAGGUCCAAGGAUGUGGGUCAAUGGUUACAGAGGAACAACCACAUGCAAUGCUGAUUCCAAUGGAGUAUUUUCUCAUGGGGUAUGGUUUGUAUAGACCCUGCUACUUCAGUGAAAGUCCAAGGAGUCCUCUUAGCCCAUCAUGCAUUUCUCCUGAGCUACUCUCUCCAGAAAGCAUGGGACUGAAGCUUAAGCCUAUAAAGACCCGGGUUUCUGUUCCCCUUGAAGUUUGAUAUCUUUUUUUUUUUUGUAAUUUUAAGCUUUUUUUAUUUCCUUACUUGUAUCUUCUUUAUUUUUUACUUUUUUACUUUUCAAGAGGGUUAGAGAAGAGAGAGUUGGAGGGAGUUGUAGAUAUAGAAAGAGAAGGGGUGUGUAAUGAAAUAUAGGUAGAUUUGCUUGCAUUCAUUUUGUAGUUAGUCAUAAAGGAAGCAUUGAGCUUUCUCACUGUAUUUGUAGAUUUAAUGUGGACUCAUCAAUUGUUUAUUGACUCA